AUGCUGGGCUCUAUUGAAGAAGCGAUUAGGAAGCUCGAGAGCUAUGUCGAGGAUCCUUUGGUCAAGCCUUCUGACCUCAAAGCAUAUCUCGAUGCAGCCGUCCAUACCGAGAGUCUCAAUGACCGGUAUCUUCUGCUCGAGAAGCUCAUCGUGUUGAUGUCGCGUCUGAGCGAGUCUGAAGGAUCGACACUUCAACACCUUUCGGGGACGAUACAGGAUUUCCUAAUUGAUACCUUGUACAAAGACCUGCCUCAUCCACCCAGCAGCUAUGUUGGCGGCACUGCGACGCACCUUUCAGCACCUACUGAAAUUAUCGCCAACCCAAUUUAUGCUGCUCGAUCCGCGGAUGGUUCCAACUACAACAUCCUCUUCCCUGCAAUGGGAAAGGCUGGAGUACCCUACGCUCGUUCCGUCCCAGCAUUGCGCAGUAUCCCCGCUUCCAGCCUUCCAGACCCCGAUCUUGUAUUCGACACAUUAUUGCGACGUGAUGAAUUCAAGGAACAUCCCGGCGGCAUCUCCAGUUUAUUUUUCGCCUUUGCCGACCUCGUGAUCCAUAGCUGUUUCAACACAGACUCCAAUGACUGGAAUAUCAAUAAAUCGAGUAGCUAUCUCGAUCUUAGCAUUCUUUAUGGAUCCUCGGAGGCAGAAGUCGACAAAGUCCGAAGGAAAGACGGGACAGGAAGACUGUGGGAUGAUGUGUUUGCCGACAGCAGGUUGCUCUUGAUGCCGGCGGCCUCCUGCGCCCUUCUGGUUUUGUUAUGUCGAAACCAUAACUAUAUUGCCGAAAAAAUUCUUGCCAUUAACGAGCAUGGAAAGUACACCCAAACCUUCACAGACGAAGCUAGCCGAAUUGCUCAGGACGAUGAAAUCUUCGCUCGCACCCGUCUUGUCAACUGUGGCUACUUCAUGCAAAUAAUCCUUGGCGAUUACGUAGGUGCUAUCCUUGGACUAGUUCGGGAUGGACAUUCCUGGCGUCUGGAUCCUCUCAAGGAAAUUCGCCGAUCCGACCAUACUUUCUCGCCGCGAGGAGAAGGCAAUGUUGUAUCGGUUGAAUUCAACCUUCUCUACCGAUGGCACGCUACUCUCUCUCAGAAUGACACCCAAUGGUUACAGAACACAUUCCGUCAGUUGUUCAAGAGUCAAGGGACGGCAGAGGUUACUACCCAGGAGUUCCAUGCGAUAGUCGGGCAGGCUUUGAAGCCCCCUGCGGACAUCAGACAAUGGACAUUCCAUGAUCUCAAACGGGGGAACGAUGGGCGAUUCAAGGACGAAGAUCUUGCUAAGCUUCUUCAGGAUGCAACAUCGAACCGUGCCGGUGCCUUCAAAGCCCGCGGUAUUCCCGAAGCGUUGAGAGUAGUCGAGGUACUAGGAAUUAACCAAGCGCGUAGCUGGGGAACCUGUUCGCUGAAUGAAUUCAGGAAGUUCAUAGGACUCAAACCAUACACCAGCUUUACGGAAUGGAACCCUGAUAAAGAUAUUGCUGAUGCAGCUGCAUCUCUAUACGGAGAUAUCGAAAACCUCGAGCUACACGUCGGUCUUCAAGCAGAGCAAACUAAAGAACCAGGGCCAGGCGCCGGAUUGUGCCCUGGAUACACAAUCUCGCGAGCCAUCCUUGCAGAUGCGGUAUGUCUCACUCGUGGUGACCGUUUCCUGACCGUCGACUUCACCCCAUUCAACCUCACUGCAUUCGGCUACCAAGACUGCCAAUUCGAUAAGGAAGACGGUUCUUAUGGCGGUCUUCUCACCAAACUCCUCUUCCGCACCUUACCUAACCAUUAUACACCUCGUUCUGUUUAUGCACACUUUCCCUUCCUGGACCCGACGUACAUGAAGGGGACCAAAAGUAUUGCGCCUCAGGUCCUAGCAAAGUAUGACUGGAACCGUCCUGCAACGACGGUGACGGUAGCAGUGAAUGCUUAUGAUGACGUAAAGACGGUUCUCGGGAUCCCGAACUUUGAAAGUGAGAAGCGCUUGCAGGAGUUGAUGAUCGGGCAUGCACCGAACAGAUCUUUGAUCUCAAAAUAUAUCACUGCAGAUGGAUGGACGUCAUACUUCGCAUUGACCACCGAGAAUCUCAUUAAAAAGAAGAGCUUCGGUCAAAAGCAAAAGAACAUCGACAUUGUGCGAGAUGUGAUCAAUGUUCUUCCAAUCAAGUGGAUCUGCCAAGAAAUUGCGGGCUUGCCACUCGCGUCUACUAGCUCUGAGGACACCUUCACCGCGUCACAGUACUACGAUAUGUUUGCUACCGUUGCCCAAUACCUCUACGUCAACUUUGAUCCUUCGAACGACUGGCACCUUCGUGAAAGUUCAGCGACUACUUACAAACGCUUCUUCGACAAGGUUAAAGACAACCUCCACGCAUUUUCUUCAUGGUUCGCGUCUUCCUCUCGCACUGGACCUGACCCCGAAAACCGCUCUAAGACCUUCCUAAAAAACGUGUACAAAGCUGAGCACAACCGCACAGACGGCACCCCUGGACACAGCGCGUCCGCUCUAGCUGCCUCCCUAUUCUGCGAGCUCGUGCCUACAGCGGCCCACUUUUCUCAGGCAAUCGCACAUGUGGUUAACUACUACCUUGACGUGGACAGACAGCUACAAAAAGAAGAUUUAGUCAAAAAUGCUGCGCUGAAGAACAAAGUUGGAGAUGCCAAGGUCAUGCAAUAUGUCCGCGAAGCACUGGGCGCUGACCCACCGUUGGCCCUGACAAGCCGCCUCACGCAACGCAACCUGCUGCUCAGUAGCAAUGCCAGCGUCAACUCCGGCACCAAGGUGUAUGCGAGCAUCAUUGACGCGAACAAAACUCGAACAGCUGGUGCUCAUCCUGUUCUGGGACUUGCGGACUAUGGCCUUCUUUCAGCACCAUUCUUUGAUGCAGUGGCGCCAAGAAUCCUGUAUGAGAUUCUUUCGCUUCCCGGCAUUACUCUUAAGAAGGGAUUCAAACGGCAUGUAUUCACCGAAAUACACCAAGGUUGCACAACUCAGAUGUAUUUGAGUGAGGAUGGUAAGGUCAUUCCUUGGCCGGAUUCUUUGACUGUCCAGUUUUCUGCUUAA